AUGAGCUGCGAAAAGAUGGUGAAGGAGCUGGAGGCUGCUUCUUCAAGCGAGGUGGAGGCCUACGUGGUCAAUCUUCCAAGGCCUUUGAACAUAGAAGAGAAGAAGUAUCUGUUAGCGGUGGAACGAGGCGACCUAGCCAACGUCAAAAGAUUCAUUCAAUUCGCCAACAAUGGUGGCGUCAACGGCAAGUCGCUUGAUAUAAAUUGCGUGGAUAGUCUGGGACGUGGUGCUCUGUCAUUGGCGAUCGACGCGGAGAAUUUGGAGAUGGUCGAACUGUUGAUAGUGAUGGGCGUAGAGACGAAAGAUGCGCUCCUUCGAGCCAUCGACCAAGAGUUUGUCGAAGCUGUCGAGUUGCUGCUCGAGCACGAGGAACUGCUGACCGAAGUCAAUGCGGCGAGAGAGGUGAUCCACAGUUGGCAGAAGGUCGAGCCAACGUCCGCGAGAUACCCGCCAGAGAUCACGCCUCUGAUCUUGGCCGCGCAGCGAAACAACUACGAGAUUUUGAAGCUGCUGCUGGAUCGUGGUGCUACUCUGCCCAUGCCUCACGACAUUAAAUGCGGAUGCGCCGAUUGUCUGCGAUCGGCAGCGGAUCCUCUGAGACUAUCGUCCACGAGAAUUUCCGAGUACAAAGCACUGGCGAGCCCGAGUUUGAUAGCUCUCAGCUCGAUGGACCCUCUGCUAACAGCUUUCCAAUUGAGCUGGGAACUUCGUGAACUGGCGAUCGCCGAGCCGGAGAGCAGAGGCGAAUAUCUGAAGCUCCGACGGCAGACAGAGCGAUUCGCUGUUGAUCUGCUGCAACAAGUGCGAACCACCACGGAAUUGCACACGAUCCUCAAUUACGAUCCGGAGGACCAGGGGAACUUGGCGACGAAGCAGCUGGCUAGAUUGGAAUUGGCCAUACGGCAUAAGCAGAAAACUUUCGUCGCUCAUUCCCACGUGCAGCAACUGUUGGCAGCGAUCUGGUACGAUGGCCUGCCUGGCUUCAGGCGUAUGAGCACGUUGAAAAAAUGCGGCGUCCUGGCAAGGACUGCCAUCACGUUCCCAUUUUACUCUGCAAUGUACCUGCUAGCGCCAGAAUCGAAAGCCGGUCGAACGAUGCGAAAGCCAUUCGUCAAGUUCCUCGUCCACGCCGCGUCGUACGUCCUCUUUCUGUUUAUCCUGAUGCUGGUGUCGCAACGCGCAGAAGUGGAAAUAGUGAAGAUAUUCGGCAGCAAAGAAGCAAGGAAAAACAUCGAGACGGAAUUGGCGAGGCAAAGAGGCGCGCCACCUUCGUCCCUGGAGUGUGUCGUUGUCCUCUACGUUUUUGGAUUCAUUUGGCAAGAGGCGAGAGAGGCUUACGUGGACGGUCUGAGGGCGUAUUUACGAGACAUGUGGAAUUUCAUCGACUUCACGAGGAAUUCUCUCUACGUCGCGACGAUGGUUCUCAGAACGGCUGCCUACCUUCAACAAAGAGCAGAGAUCAGCCAAGAUGCUGCGGCUGCGUUGGUCCCGAGGGAAACAUGGAGCGACUUCGAUCCUCAGUUAAUAGCGGAGGGUCUGUUCGCAGCCGCGAAUAUCUUCAGCGCCUUGAAACUCAUCCACUUGUUCAGUAUCAAUCCUCACUUGGGGCCCCUUCAGAUAUCUCUAGGCAGAAUGGUGAUAGACAUCGUCAAGUUCUUCUUCAUUUACACGCUGGUGCUUUUCGCGUUUGCCUGCGGCCUGAAUCAACUGCUCUGGUACUUCGCUGAACUGGAAAGACGGAAGUGUUACAGCGGCAUUGGCGAUCCAUCUUGGGAUCCUGCCAGCGAGUCUUGUCUAAGAUGGAGAAGGGAUCAAGAGUUACACUCGAUUCUGGGGCCUGUUGAUGUUCGGUUCUUACUCUGUGAUCAAUGUGAUCGUUCUGUUGAAUCUUCUGAUCGCCAUGAUGAGCAACAGCUACGCAGUCAUCGAGGAACGCGCGGACAAAGAAUGGAAGUUCGCGAGGACGAAGCUGUGGCUGAGUUACUUUGAGGACGGUGGCACUCUUCCUCCCCCGUUCAACAUUCUCCCGCCACCGAAGCUGCUUUUCAGGCUCUGCGGCCUGCAGAGGAAGAAAGUCGAGGGAGAGACGAACGAUGGCAAACAAGCAUACAGCUCCAAAUAUGAAGCCGUGAUGAGAGCUCUGGUAUGGCGGUACGUCGUGAACGCGCACUCUGAACGAGAAAUGGACCCAGUCACCGAGGACGACGUGCACGAACUGAAGUCAGACCUGUCGUCGUGGAGGUGUGAAUUGCUGGAGAUUUUCAGCAGGAACGGCAUGGAUAUUGCCGGGGCUGAUAUCAAAGAAAGAACCGUUCUUGGCAAGAAAAUGAAGGUCUGGGAACGACAGCUGAUGAAGGACAUCCACGUGACGAUCCCUGCAUCAGGCACAGAUUCGAAAGAACAGCUGGAGUCUCUUCAGCGACCGACCGAAGGCGAAGACAACGUCGCCAAGUGGAAAAGAAUCGCUAAAAUGGCCGUGCUGCGAUCUGCCAGUUAUCGUUGGAGCCAGGUACGAAUUCCAGUUCGAAAUUUCCCCGACGAAACGAACCGUUUGCUACGACAGAAACGGUGGAAACAUUUUCCACAGGUAGUGGACAACGCGGUGAGGAGCUCGCAGAUUGGUAAAAGCACCAGCGAAGCGAAUCAAUCGAGCUUGAAGAAAGCGAUGCAAGAGGCGCAGAGGCUGAGCAACAGGAGUCCCUUGCCACCUGUGUCGCCGGUGGAAUUACCCGAAAGCACAGCCUCGACGAUUCUUCAUGUUCUUCGUGACAUCGUCGAAACUGAGUGCAAAGCAUUGCCCGGAACUCCGAUCCUCACUGUCGUCACCGACCACGAUAAUACCGAUGUCAAAAGUCAUCAACACUCUCUGUUCAUCCAAUGAGCAACCCCAAGUUCACAUCUGGCUCAUCAAUGAGGAACACGAAUAAAUCUAGCAGUGGCACAGAAUCAACAUUGUCUGCUUAUGCGGAUGGCAAAAUAACAAAGUCGCGAUUGAAACCUGCACUGAGUCCUAAGAAGAGUACAAACAUACCGGAGGAUAGAGAGAAAUUAGUAGACAUAGUUAGUAGGCCUAGAUCACCACGAGUAUCGAAUAGUAGAGGAGGU